UCGAUCACUGCCUGAGCUCAGCCAUGGUUGAUUUGCUCCAAACUGCCGCGGUUCCUCCCGGAAACAGACAUGAUGGACCUGGAUCCCUGUCAAAUAUCAAAGGGAAGAAAUCAUCCAAAAAGUCGCGGGCCAGACGAGGCAAACAAGGCAGGAAGAGGAGGAAUAAAAGGAAGAGGAACAACAGGACACCGCCACCGAUUUUACCGCCGGAGGCUGAAGAAGGAAACAUUGAAUACAAGUUAAAGCUCGUCAACCCCACUCAGUACCGCUUCGAGCAUCUGGCCACGCAGCUGAAGUGGCGUCUGCAGGAGGGCCGCGGUGAGGCCGUGUACCAGAUCGGAGUGGAAGACAACGGCCUGCUGGUGGGUCUGACGGAGGCCGACAUGAAAGGCUCGCUCAAGACGCUAAAGAGAAUGGCAGAGAAGGUCGGAGCUGAUAUAACUCUUCUGCGAGAAAGGGAAGUGGACUAUGGCCUGGACAGAAAUAUCCGGAAAAUUGCAGAGGUUCUUGUCCGAAAGGUCCCUGACGAUCAGCAGUUCCUGGACCUGCGUGUGGCCGUGCUGGGAAAUGUGGACUCAGGGAAGUCGACCCUGCUGGGCGUCCUGACGCAGGGAGAGUUGGAUAACGGCCGAGGUCGAGCUCGACUAAACCUUUUCAGACACCUGCAUGAAAUCCAGACGGGACGCACCUCCAGCAUCAGCUUUGAAAUCUUGGGCUUUAACAGCAAAGGAGAGGUGGUAAACUACAGUGAGUCUCGAACAGCAGAGGAGAUCUGUGAGAGCUCAUCCAAAAUGAUCACCUUCAUCGACCUGGCAGGUCACCACAAGUACCUGAAGACCACCGUCUUCGGUUUAACCAGCUACUGCCCCGACUUUGCCAUGCUUGUAGUGAGCGCCAACACCGGCAUUGCUGGUACAACUCGAGAGCACUUGGGACUGGCCAUGGCUCUGAAAGUCCCAAUUUUUAUCGUAGUCAGUAAAGUGGAUCUGUGCUCCCGCGGCACCGUGGAGCGAACUGUCCGGCAACUGGAGCGAGUCCUGAAGCAGCCAGGCUGCAACAAGAUUCCCAUGGUGGUGAUGAACCCUGAUGACGCAGUGACUGCAGCGCAGCAGUUCACCCAGUCUGCAUGCAUCACACCCAUCUUCACCCUGUCCAGUGUGUCAGGAGAAAGCCUUGACCUCCUGAAGGUUUUCCUGAACAUCCUUCCUCCGCUUAGCAACAGCAAAGAACAGGAGGAGCUGAUGCAGCAGCUUACAGAGUUCCAGGUGGAUGAGAUCUACUCAGUUCCUGAUGUUGGGACUGUUGUUGGAGGAACUCUGUACAGUGGAGUUUGCAGGGAGGGCGAGCGUCUCGUUGUUGGGCCCACAGAAGAGGGUCGUUUCCUGCGCCUGAAAGUGGGCAGCAUCCAGAGGAACCGCUCGGCCUGCAGGGUGCUGAAGGCCGGACAGGCAGCCACUCUGGCUCUGGGAAACUUUGAUCGCUCACUUUUGCGCAAGGGCAUGGUGAUGGUCAGCCCCAAGAUGAACCCGACCAUCUGCUGCCAGUUCGAAGCUGCCAUUGUUCUGCUCUUCCACGCAAAGACUUUCCGAAGGGGUUCGCAGGUCACCGUCCAUGUCGGUAACGUCCGGCAGACGGCUACGGUGGAGUGCCUUCACGGAAAGGACGAGCUUCGAACUGGAGAGAGGGCCGUUGUUCGCUUUCGCUUCAUCAAGCACCCUGAGUAUUUGCGACUGAGCGCCAAGCUGCUCUUCAGGGAGGGAGUCACCAAGGGCAUCGGUCAUGUAACACGUCUGCUUCCCCAAGACCAGAAUCUGAACCAUGACCAGAAUCUGCAGGAUUACUAGGGACAAUUUCACUGGACCAACAAAAGCUGGCUUUAUGCUCCUGCCACCUACAUGCAUAUCAAUCCACAGUUCAUACUCCACAAAGAAAUUUGGUUUCUUACUCAAGGUUGCAACAACAAAGUGCACAAGAGUGCUGAAGUCCUGAUAAGUUCAUCUCACUGCAGCAAACAUCGUUGUUUUAACACGUCCACUUUAAAUGUCUGACCAGUCACACAAUAGUUGUUGUUCUGCCCAGAUGAUGAGUCAACAAGGUGGACCACCAAAACCCACGCCAGCCUCUAGAUUGGCCGUCUUGAGCCAGAGUAGGGUAGAAUGGAGGAGGAGUUUCAAUAUAUCUGGGUCUUGUUCACAAAUGGGGGGAAAGAUGGAGCAGGAGAUUGAUAGACUCAUCGCUGUGUUGAAAGGUGAAGCUCUAGAUUUACCAGUUGAUCUACGUACCUAUCCUGAUCUAAAGACACAAGCUCUGGGGAGAGACCGCAAGAGUAAGAUCACAGAUAUAAGCAGCUGAAAUGAGUUUUCUCUGCAGGGUGACUGGGCUCUUCAUUAGAGAAAGGGUGAGAAGCCCGGUCAUGUGGGACAGACUCAGAGUAGAGCCACUGCUUCUCUUUGUCAAAAGGAGCCAUAAGAGGACAAAGGACACGAUGGAGGGACUAAGGACUGGGAUCAUGUUGGGAUUCCCCGACGUAAUCUCAACGAGAGCGAGAAGGCUGGGACUCUCUGCUAAGGCUGCUGACUUUAUGAUGGAUUUGAGCCACAUAUGAUAGAUGUGCCUCACAUCUGGCCUCUUUUUUCUUCUUGCAGUAAUUUCGGCUUUUAGCUCUUAUAUGAGUCUGUUCUUGUCCUAGUGGAAGAAGAAGAAGACGACUAGGCAAACACUUGUUUGCCUACUUCAUGCUGUCAGACAGGUUCUACUUGAGUGAUUUCUUGAUUCAAAUUAAAUUGAACUAAUUAAAUUUUCAUUCUUCAUUUGGAUAGCUGUUAAAUACAUUAAAUAUUCCUUAUAAAACUGUAUUGUGAUUUUACUCAAGCUAUCUUUAUCUGAUACUAAAAUGUGUUUGAUCUGAUAUAUUUAAGUGCAACUAAAAAGCAAAAACAUUAGAAAAACUAUUAUUGUAACAAUUGUUUUGAUUCGUCUCAGUUUCUGCUCCACAGACCAACUUAAUUAGGACUUUAAAGUCAAAUCUGAUAUUGAAAGCUGUAAGGUACAAUUGUGACUGAAUUGGAAGCUACAGCUGUUUGACUCAACAUGGUCCAGUUGUGGUAGAUUUUUGCAAAAAGUCCUGUUUUAAUUUAAAACAAAAGAGUGAAGAUAAUGAUGUCAAACAUAAAACCUGUUCAGGAAAAUAUGUUUCCACGUACCAAUGACAGGAGGAAGUACUGAAACUCCAACAAAUACGACAUAUUAAAUUACUAUUGCUUUGAAGACUGUAUUUAGAAUAAAUAUAUUUUAGUACUUAUACAAAUGAACAUUUAAAAAUCCUUUUAUCUCCUUUUUUCCCUCAUUGUCUUCCAUUGUGUUGGAAUGGAUCCAUAGUGUAAGGGAAUAUUUAUCCACGUUUCCCUGUUCUGUUACUCGUCUAUAAUGCAGAAACAGUUAAAGCUUCAUCCUCGUGUUCAUUGUAGCACUUCCCUAAAACCUGCGUUUAAAGAAACCCACGUACUAUAUUUGCAUCAAUCAUCUCAAGACGUUUUUGUAUUUUGAGGGUUGUAGGUGAAUCUGUUCGAGCGAGCGCACAUUACAUUCAAUUUGUACCAUCUGGAUCCGAAACACUGAACUCCUUCGUGAAAAGAGCAGCAGUGAAAGACGUGUGUGGUUGGUUGGUAAUUAUGUGGAUUAAAUGCACACUGCAACUACGCCCAGUUAAGGCUAACCUGCAUGCUCGAAAAUGGGCAGGUGCUCCACACCUGUAUGUGGUGACUUUAGCUUCUAACCUUUUUUUUUUUUUUUUUUAAGGAUUUGUGCAAUUGUUAAUCUAAUCUUGAAUGUACUCCAUGGUUCUUGUCACUACUGAAAUGCAGUCGCUGCUGACUCUGCUCUGUAUUCUGAGGGUACAUGUGUGCCACAGAUUCUGCUGAUUCUGCAGAGUGUAGAAGCUGAAAACGGACACAGAGGGUUUAAAGUUUCCUUUUUCUUAUUGUUCCUCAAGCUCUUAAAUAAAGAGUUUAAGUGGAAAGCUGA